UAGCCUGUCUCACCUCGCGGCCGGCAGCCUUGCGCGACGCGCCGCGCUCUUUCACAUUCAAAAUUAUUCGCAAUCAUUGCAAAAACUCUCUGUGCAAUAAAAAUAUCUCAUCGGUCGCUGCGGUCGCGUUGAUUCUGAAAACAGAGAGAUUUUUAAAAAAGUCUUUUUUACAAAUCGUUUAUAUUUUUUAAAAGUUUGAAUGCACUCCUCGUUGCAUGUCCCGCGCGCGUCGUUAUGAGAACCCCGUACUGGCGGUCACGUUGACGUCGCGCGGUGCCGCCAUAUCUGUCUCGGCCACCAACUAGCAAAAUUAAUAGGCUCAAAAUAAUAAUUUCACAUCACUAGAAGAAUGCGAUGACCCGCGCAUUCGCUUUUUGAAAUUCGCUUUACCCGGAUGGAAUGAGGAGUGCACAAUCCUAUUGUUUUACAGUUUCUUAUGUUUGAACAUCAUUUGUUUUUUUGUUUUUCGGACAAUUAGAGAGUUGUCAUUUUCUUCCAAAAUUACAAAAAAUUGUAAAAUAAGAAUGGCGGAAGGUAAUGGAGAAAUAUCCAUUGAAGAGGUCCCUGGGAAGGACUCCGAUGCUGGCCGGACACCAGAUUACAUCAAACUCAUAGAUUAUGGCUUGGACCCAAAGGUGGCGACCAAGCUCGACGACAUUUAUAAGACUGGAAAGCUAGCGCACGAGGAGCUGGACGAGCGUGCGUUAGAUGCCUUAAAAGAAUUUCCAUCCGACGGUGCUUUAAGUGUUCUUGGACAAUUUUUAGAUUCAAAUCUCGAGCAUGUAUCCAAUAAGAGUGCUUUUUUAUGUGGAGUCAUGAAGACGUACAGACAGAAAAGCCGUGCGGGCGUGCAGGGCGCGCCGGCGCUGGCGGCAGCUGUCCAGGUCAAGGGGCCUGACGAGGAAAAGAUCCGCCAGAUCCUGCAGAGGACCGGUUACACGCUGGACGUUACCACCGGCCAGCGCAAGUACGGCGGUCCGCCGCCCGGCUGGGAGGGCGGCACGCCGGGCGCCGGCUGCGAGGUGUUUUGCGGGAAGAUACCCAAGGAUAUGUACGAAGACGAGCUGAUACCUCUGUUCGAGAGUUGCGGCACCAUCUGGGACCUGCGGCUCAUGAUGGACCCCAUGUCGGGCGCCAACAGGGGGUACGCCUUCGUCACCUUCACCACCCGCGAGGCCACGCAGCGAGCCGUGCAAGAGCUGAAUGAUUAUGAAAUUCGAAAGGGGAAAAAGAUUGGCGUUACGGUUUCCUUUAACAAUCAUCGUUUAUUCGUGGGAAAUAUCCCAAAGAAUCGAGAUCGGGACGAUUUGUUUGAGGAGCUUACUAGGCACGCACCCGGACUCGUUGAAGUCAUUAUAUAUAGUUCGCCCGAUGACAAGAAGAAAAAUAGAGGAUUUUGUUUUUUGGAAUACGAGUCUCACAAAGCGGCGUCACUAGCCAAGCGUCGGCUGGGCACCGGCAGGAUUAAAGUUUGGGGCUGUGAUAUUAUAGUGGACUGGGCGGACCCGCAGGAGGAACCCGACGAGCAGACCAUGAGCAAAGUGAAGGUGUUGUACGUUCGGAACCUGACCCAAGAAAUCACAGAAGAAGCGCUUAAAGAAGAAUUCGAACGUUAUGGAAAUGUAGAACGAGUUAAGAAAAUUAAGGAUUACGCUUUCGUACACUUCGAAGACCGGGAUUGUGCCGUUAAGGCGAUGCAGGAGAUAGACGGCAAGGAGCUGGGUGGAGCCCGCCUCGAGGUGUCGCUGGCCAAGCCACCCUCGGACAAGAAGAAGAAGGAGGAGAUACUGAGGGCGAGGGAGAGACGCAUGACGCAGAUGAUAUACGGACGGGGCGGAUUUGAUUGGUGCAGCUGCUCGCCGGUGCACGGGGCGCUCCGGGGCCGCACGCCGCAGCCGCAGCCGCGCCCGCCGCAGGCCCGCGGGGACUACGAUUAUGAUUACGACUAUUACGGGUACGGGGAUUACCGAGGUGGCUACAAUGAGCCAUUUUACCGGUACGAUGAGUUCUAUUUUGAUUACGCGGGGCCACCGCAACCGUCCGCCGUCCGCCAGCCUCCCAACAGAGCGCAGCCGGUAGAGAAUAUGUUAAGAAGACUCACUGACCCGCUUGGUAAAUGCCUCACUCAGGACGACGAGCUCGCUCUCGGGCCCGACUCGCUUUACUACGAUCUAACUGGAGGCAUUCAGGGGGCUGGGUCAUGUGGGACGGGCGCGCGCUGGGGGCGGCGCGGGGCCGCGGCUGGGGCCCGUGGUGGUGCGCGCCGCGCCGCUCGUGGCCGCCGCACGCCCAGCGGCAUGCGUGGCAACCCGCGCGCCAAGCCAAGUUUACCAGGUAAACGUAAACUCGACGGGGGUCAGCAGAUCGCUGGGGGGGAGCGGGAGAGCAAGCGGCGACUGGGCGCGGCGGCGGCGGCGGCGCGCGGCUGGGGGUCGGCGGGGGUAGGAUCGAUGGGGUCCAUGGGGUCCGAAGGUGCCGCCGCCAGCUAGCGCCGCCGCGCCCAGGCGAGCCCCUGUCCCGGAGGCACUACAAGCUCGCAGGGGAGCUCUCGCGCGCCGCGGCUCGCGCGCUCCGCAGCGGAUCACGCGGGGAUCGUUCCACUUUUUUCUAUAUAUGUGUUUUUUUUAUUUGAUUUUCACGUUUUCGAUUUUGUAUCGCGACGAUUCCGUAAAAAUCUUAAAGUAGGACGUUAUGAAAUGUUUCGAAUGUAAGUUUCCCGUUAUGCUUAUGUUUUUUCUGUCGUAUCGGCCGGUGUAUAUUUAGUAUAUACAUUAUGUUUGUGGGGCGCGCGGUCGCCGUUGCCUGUUUGCGGCCGCGCGUCGGGUCGGCGACCCCUCGACUGUCUGUUUUUUUUAAUACAUGUUAUUCGAUAUAUUUUAUUCCUGCGAACGCAUUUUGCGAUGUGAUGUGUAUUUUAGCAGUAAUUAUUAUAUUAUAAGGAGUUUGACUGUUGUUUUUUGACAAACUUACAACUUAGGUUACACGAGAAUGAAUUUAAUGGAAUGAAUUGAACCGACGUCUAGCAAUCGCGGCUAAAAUGAAAACACCUGUAAUCGAUAACAUUUCCCAACUGUGUUCCUGCUUUAGUUUUUUGCUUUAUUUUUAUUACAUAGUACCCCUUAAAAUACAUUAGUGUGAGGAAGUAGUAUCGUAAAGUUCAGGAUUUCUGCAAUGUUUAUUAUCGCUGUACUACUAAACGGUUUUUUUUGUAUUUCGACCACAAUAUAGCAUGUCCGUACUGUUAGAACUCUGACUUGUAUCAAUUGUAUCAGUUUAAUACGUGGAAUAAAUUUGCAAAACUGUGUUUGCCUUAUUA